AUGUCCAUCUGCUCCAGCGACCUGAGCUACAGCAGCCGCGUCUGCCUUCCUGGUUCCUGUGACACUUGCUCUGACUCCUGGCAGGUGGACCACUGCCCAGAGAGCUGCUGUGAGCCCCCCUGCUGCGCCCCCAGCUGCUGCGCCCCAGCCCCCUGCCUGACCCUGGUCUGCACCCCAGUGAGCUGUGUGUCCAGCCCCUGCUGCCAGGUGACCUGUGAGCCCAACCCCUGCCAAUCAGGCUGCACCAGCUCCUGCACGCCCUCAUGCUGCCAGCAGUCUAGCUGCCAGCCGGCUUGCUGCGCCUCCUCCCCCUGCCAGCAGGCCUGCUGUGUGCCCGUCUACUGCAAGACUGUCUGCUGCAAGCCUGUGUGCUGUGUGCCCAUCUGCAGUGGGGCUUCUUCAUGCUGCCAGCAGUCUAGCUGCCAGCCAGCUUGCUGCACCUCCUCCCCCUGCCAGCGGGCCUGCUGUGUGCCCAUCUGCUGCAAGCCUGUCUGCUCUGGGAUUUCCUCUUCGUGCUGCCAGCAGUCUAGCUGUGUGAGCUGUGUGUCCAGCCCCUGCUGCCAGGCGGUCUGUGAGCCCAGCCCCUGCCAAUCAGGCUGCACCAGCUCCUGCACGCCCUCGUGCUGCCAGCAGUCUAGCUGCCAGCCAGCUUGCUGCACCUCCUCCCCCUGCCAGCAGUCCUGCUGCGUGCCUGUCUGCUGCAAGCCCGUCUGCUAUGCGCCCACCUGCUCUGAUGAUUCCUGUUCAUGCUGCCAGCAGUCUAGCUGCCAGCCAGCUUGCUGCACCUCCUCCCAAAGCCAACAGGGCUGCUGCGUGCCCGUCUGCUGUAAGCCUGUGUGCUGUGUGCCCGUCUGCUCUGGGGCUUCCACUUCAUGCUGCCAGCAGUCUAGCUGCCAGCCAGCUUGCUGCACCUCCUCCCAAAGCCAACAGGGCUGCUGCGUGCCCGUCUGCUGUAAGCCUGUGUGCUGUGUGCCCGUCUGCUCUGGGGCUUCCACUUCAUGCUGCCAGCAGUCUAGCUGCCAGCCAGCUUGCUGCACCACCUCUUGCUGCAGACCCUCCUCCUCUGUGUCCCUCCUCUGCCGCCCUGUGUGCAGGCCCGCCUGCUGCGUGCCCGUCUCCUCCUGCUGCGCCCCCACCUCCUCCUGCCAGGCCACCUGCUGCCGCCCGGCGUCCUGUGUGUCUCUCCUUUGCCGCCCCACAAGCUCCCGCCCAGCCUGCUGUGGCCCCACCUCAACCCAGAAGUCCAGCUGCUGAGUGGUCUCCUUAAGAUCAUCCAAAACCUGAGUGCUCACUGCCACCUGCACCCCUGGAUUCUUUACCUUGACAGCUCUCCACAUCCCGCUCCUGAGCCCUGCAGUGGACGUCAGUGGUCAGCGGUACACCCAGUGUGCGCUUCUCCUCCUAGCAGCAGCUCAGCUGUUUCUCCAAGUCUUGACUUUCCCCUGAUUACCCAGCCUUGCCUCCCCAGCAACAGGUGGGCAGUGACCCCAGCAAGGCCAGCAGGUCCUCCCAGGCCAUGGCCUGGGGUGGGGAGCAGUGGCGAGCCCUGUUCCCCCCCUGCUGAGGGCCUGAGCCUCUUUCUCUGUCU